CCCCCGUGUCCCCCUGACCCCCCCGUUCCCGCAGACUCUGAUGAAAGUGGCGGCUCAGAACCUGGUGCAGAACUCCAGCAUCGACACCGGCCAGAAGAGCACGGACGGGGCCCUGCAGCGCUUUGACAAGAGCCUGGAGGAGUUUUAUGCCCUGUGUGACCAACUGGAGCUGUGUCUGCGCUUGGCCCACGAGUGCCUCUSGCAGAGUUUCGACAGCGCCAAACACGCCCCGGCUUUGGUCCCCGCAGCACCCAAGGGUGAGGGGGGUCCCGGGGCUGAGACCCUGCCCUACACCCAGUACCUGCCCCUGAUCAAAGCCCAAAUCGCGGGGGCCAAGGACAUCCACAACGCCCUGCUGGAGGGCACCAAUAAAAUCACCGGGAAGCUGCCCCCGCCGGGGGGGCCCUAAGGGGUUUUU